GUUCAAUCUAUUGAGUCGUCUUUGUUUGCUCAUACUAUACUACGACCUCAUCUAUUCCUACCACACUACUACUACUACUACACUACGACUACUACACUACUACGACUACACUACACUACUCUGCACUACUCGACUAAAUUCUCAGUACAAUCUGGGAACCAUACAUGAACCAUCGCAGUUCCUCCCGCUACCGAUCCGAUCCUUCGGACAAUCUAAGGUUACCUCGGUUGCCUUUGCGGAGAAAGUUUAAGCUCGUUCCAUUGAUAUUCUUCACGGGUUCCGAUACGGAGUAAAAACGUCACUGCACUCCACACACACCACCAUCUUGACUUCUUCUUCUCCUCCCCCACACUCAGACCUCGUCUUUCGUCAUUCCCCUUUUUAAAGAGUUGUUAUCAUUGCGGAGCAAUAAUUGAUCGUCUGUUUGGCUGUGUCGAUCCUUUUCGUCACCGUGUGAGCUUUGCUUUUUGUCAAAUCACAUACAAAGACAUGGCUUCGAGGACGGUUUCGCGGAUGGUUCUGCCGCUGCGCGCUUUAUCUAGCAAUGCGCCCGUCCGUCCUCUUCUGGCUGCAGCUCGUCCGAUCCUUCCGCUGGCUCAGACCGGCUCCAAUGGCGACCGUUCGGUGGCCUCCGUCAGAUACAGUUCGCACUCGCCGUUGGGGAGCACGCCGGUGAAUCCGAGGAAGAAAGUGACGUUGCCGACGAUUCAAAAACUCUACAAGAAGGGGGAGCCUAUUGCGAUGCUCACGGCGCAUGAUUUCCCUAGUGGUCAUGUGGCUGAUGCCGCCGGCGUGGAGAUGGUCCUUGUGGGGGAUAGCCUGGCCAUGGUGGCGCUGGGGAUGGAAGAUACGAGCGAGCUGCUCAUGGAUGAGAUGCUGUUGCAUUGUCGGAGUGUAGCGCGCGCUGCGAAGUCUUCGUUUACGGUUGCUGACCUGCCUAUGGGGUCGUACGAGGUGUCGCCGGAGCAGGGACUGCAGUCCGCAAUUCGCAUCAUCAAGGAGGGGAGAGUGCACUCUGUGAAGCUCGAGGGUGGUGAGGCCAUGGCUCCCACCAUCAAGCGCAUCACGCAGGCGGGAAUCCCGGUUGUCGGCCACGUGGGGCUCACACCACAGCGUCAGAACGCCUUGGGCGGGUUCAGGGUCCAGGGGAAAUCCACUGCGAGCGCACUCAAGGUGUUGCAUGAUGCACUGGCCGUGCAGGAGGCUGGAGCGUUCAUGAUCGUGCUCGAGGCCGUGCCGGCUGAGGUCGCCGCGAUCAUCACCAAGAAGCUGCACAUUCCCACUAUCGGCAUCGGUGCGGGAAAUGGUUGCUCGGGACAGGUCCUCGUGCAGAUCGACAUGACGGGGAACUUUCCUCCGGGCAGAUUCCUUCCCAAGUUCGUCAAGAAAUAUGCCGACGUUUGGGGCGAGGCCAUCAAGGGCAUUGAGCAGUAUCGCGAGGAGGUGAAGAGCCGCGCGUAUCCUUCGGAGGAAUACACAUACCCCAUCCCAAAGGAUGAGCUGUCGGAGUUUGAAAAGGCCGUCGAGAACAUCCCCACCAAAUAGAUUUGGAGCCCUUCUGCCCACUGUGUUCAUUUUGCAUAUUUUUGUCCAUCUAGACAGCUAACCUGGACAUAUCAUGACUUGCAUUGGCCACCAUCAUGACUUGUGAUACCUUAUCCUGUUGCUUGUUUUUCGUGAUAGUUGAGAUAGAUCUAUUGGCCGCUACAAACGUUGCACAUUUUGAGUACUGUCUAAUAAUUAAUUGCGUUUCUUCGGGUAUCAUUGCAAAGUACUUUUCGCAUCUCUAACCAAACGCAGGUGUCAUGGAGUAAGCGACAAUGAGUUGAUCAUCCG